AUGUUAGACAACCAAUAACAAAAAGUCCCAAUUCAUGUGACUCAAAUGAUGGUCUCAAGAUAAGCAGAAACAAUCCCAGAUACUACUACCAUUCAUCAGUUAGUACCAGGAUUCAAGAUUAAUAAUUAAUCCACUUACAAAUUAAAUGGUAGUUCUGGGAGGAAGUGUAGGGACAAAUCCCGUUCAAUUACUAAGUUUAAAAGAUAGCCUUCAUUUUCAUUAAAUUCUACUAUCUCAAAGAUUAAUUUGUCUCCGAGACCAACCAAACCAUUCAAAUAGAAAAAGUACGCAGAAACCUCACAUACAUUUAGAAGAAACACUCCUCGUCGAACAUUUGUAUUGCAGUCUAUUAAUUAAGAUUAUUCUCAUAAACCAACUUAUUGGAAUAUUGAUAGAUGGGACACUUACGAUGAUAGAAAUGAUAGCAAAUCAUUUAUUUUUUGA